GGUUGGCUAUCUUGGUGCACUUUACAAAUGUCUCGUGCCCAUUUGUACCAAUGAAACCAAAAUUCCAAUCGAUCACUGGCUGAUUUUAUUACUAAAGCCACCCCACCCCCUUCCAAAAAAAGGAGCACGUGCUGCUACUCCUAAAACACCACAAGGCUCAUCUCCCGUUUUUCCUUUUUUUUGUGUUUAUUUUGAAUAAUUCGCGCGCAUUGUUGAUAUUAUCCGUUUCGUCAUCAUUGCGACUAUUGUUUUUAUUUUCAUUAUUCUGUUGCUUGAAAUCGGUCCUUUCGCGACGAGAGAGAAGAUCCCCCUCGCGCUCCGCUCCAGGACAUCCGGUGUGCUGAAUCAGACGGUGUUUUAGAGUUGGAAGGUGCAGGAGAUUACAAUUUGGUACAAGCCACGAUGAGCACGCGGGGAGAAGAAACCGGCGAACCAUCCGGCUCCCAGGAAGAGCCAGCAACAGCACCGGCUGCGAAGAGGGGACCGGGCAGACCGAGGAAGCCACAGCAAGAGCCGACCGGAGAGCCUGUCCCGAAACGACCGAGGGGUCGACCGAAAGGAAGCAAGAACAAGGGCCCUUCCAAAGCGGCACAGAAGAAAGCAGAGGGCUCGGGUGAGAAGAGACCCAGGGGCAGACCGCGAAAAUGGCCUCAACAAGUAGUCCAGGAAAAGCCUGCUCAGGAAGAGGAAGAGGAAGAGGAAGGGGAAGAGGAGGAAGCGGAGGAGUCUACGGAGGAGGAAGAUUGAGCAUCCGUGGCAUUUUACCUCUACUCAUUCAGCCGUCUGCGCUUUCUCCAGGAAGAGAC